CUAGAAAAGGUGGAGAAUGACAAAGGCUUCGAGGACAUUGAGGAGCAUACAAAAGUUAUCACAGACAACUCAUGUGACAAUCAUGAUUAGGAAAGUCCUCUGGUGGCAGAUCACACCUUUCCUCAUUUAUGCUCUAACAUGUUGGGCCCGUGCGAGGAGAUUCAAGAUGAUCCCAUUGAAGAAAUUGCUUGCCGACUUGCUCUCCAAUCUGUUUUGGAAGAAGAAGAGAGAGCAAGGGUGAGGAAGGAGGUCGUGGAGGAUGAGGAAGAAAGCAAAGAAGAGUUCUUGAUAUUUUCCAAGGGGAGAUACCAAAUUUUGAAGAAGGAGGGGGGGGGGGGGGGGGGGGUUGAGGAAGCAAUUGGCGUCCAGACUGAGGAUGAAGUUGAGGUGGAAGAGGCUUGCACCGGCCCUAUGUUACAUGUGCUAUCUCCACCAAAUUUCGAGGAGAUGCUUGGCAAGGACCCAUUUGCAGUGCUCUUUGCCAGACCAAGAGCACAUCAACAUCGAUCCCUCUUGGUGAAUGCGAUGGUGGUCAAUCGAUGGUAUCUUAUCUGGUUUGGGUCAAUGAGACAAGAGAAGCCGCGAAGGAGAGGUCUCGAGUGUGAACACUUCAUCUACUUCAUCUCCCUCAAGGGCACGAGCCAUCUUCAUCACCUAUCACACCACCUGCUCGUGACUUGAGACUCUGCAUCAUCGACGAGAACCUCAACUUCAAGGAGGUUCUGGGGUGGAAUGAAGCUUAGGGGCCACC